GCAGGAGCCUGUGUGGGAGCAGCAGGGCGCUGACCAUGGUGCUGAUCUAGACUCUUAAUGGAAAUAGCACCUUCUGUGAGUUUCCUGCUGGAAAUUCCUCCUCAGCAGGCUGCUUGUCAGAUAGGGCGGGGGGGAAAAAAACCCAGCUUCGCCUCCCCGUGCUAGACUCCAUUCAGUCGCUAAUUGUUUAAAUAUUCGCGCUUUCACUGCCGUGUCGAUAAGCAUUGACGGUGACGUCGAAGAUAAAGAACCCCGGUGGCCGCUGUUUCUGCGUUGCACCGUCCCCACCGAUGCUGACACGCACUCCUCCGCCGGGCGGCGAGCGGGGCGUAAGCACACGGGCUUGACUGACACAUGCUGCAGUAUUCUCCCCGCUGUAUGGCCGUGGAUUAGCUGUAUGCUAAUAUCGACAAGGGGAGCGGAGCCAGCGGAGUCUGAACGGGCUCCUUUGCAGCCAUGGCUGAAGGCGGAGAGGGAGAGGAUGAGAUCCAGUUCCUCAGAACUGAUGAUGAAGUGGUUCUCCAAUGUGUGGCCUGCAUCCAGAAGGAGAAUCGUAAGUUCUGCCUGGCUGCUGAAGGGCUGGGCAAUCGCCUAUGUUACCUGGAGCCAACAUCUGAGGCGAAGUAUGUUCCCCCAGACCUGUGCAUCUGUACCUUUGUGCUGGAGCAAUCUCUAUCAGUACGGGCUCUACAGGAAAUGCUCGCUAAAAGUGGACAGAACAGUGAAGGGACACGCGGCCCGGAUCGAUGGAGGCUCAUAAGGAAGGCGGCACACAGCGGAGGACACAAGACUCUGCUUUAUGGACACGCCAUCCUCUUGAGGCAUUCCUUCAGCUCUAUGUACUUGGCCUGUUUGAAGACAUCAAGGUCCCAGACAGAUAAGCUGUCUUUUGAUGUCGGCCUGCAGGAGGAUUCAACAGGUGAAGCCUGCUGGUGGACGAUCCAUCCUGCUUCAAAACAGAGGUCAGAAGGAGAGAAAGUGCGCAUCGGUGAUGACCUCAUCCUUGUCAGUGUGUCGUCAGAGAGAUACCUUCACUUAUCCAUCUCCAAUGGCAACAUCCAGGUGGAUGCUUCCUUCAUGCAGACUCUGUGGAAUGUCCACCCCAUCUGUUCUGGCAGCAACAUAGAAGAAGGCUACCUGUUGGGUGGCCAUGUGAUGCGUCUAUUCCACGGUCAUGACGAGGUGGUGAGCAUCCCAGGAUCAGACCAGAGUGAAGAACAGCAGAGGAUAGUCAACUAUGAGACGGGCAAAGCAGGUGCAAAGGCGAGGUCCUUGUGGAGGUUGGAACCACUACGAAUCAGUUGGAGUGGAAGCCACAUCCGCUGGGGGCAACCGUUUCGACUACGUCACCUGACAACAGGUCACUACCUGGCCUUGACUGAGGACAGGGGGUUGGUGCUGCAGGACCGGGAGAGGUCGGACACCAUUUCUACAGCUUUCUGCUUUAGAGCAUCAAAGGAGAAGCUGGAGCAGAGCCCCAAGCGGGACAUUGAGGGCAUGGGGGUGGCAGAGAUCAAAUAUGGAGACUCACUCUGCUUCAUCAUGCAUGUAGCAACAGGUCUGUGGCUGUCCUAUCAGGCGCCUGAUGUCAAAUCAACUCGACUGGGUCCCCUCAAGAGAAGAGCUUGUCUUCACUCUGAGGGUCACAUGGACGAUGGGUUAACCCUGCAGCGCUGUCAACACGAAGAGUCUCGAGCCGCAAGAAUCAUCCGCAACACAACACUGCUCUUUAACCGAUUCAUCAGAGACCUUGAUUGCCUCAGCGUUAAGAACAGGACCCUUGUAGCCUUGCCUGUCGAGGAGGUGCUCCAAACACUGAAUGACCUCAUCACCUAUUUCCAACUCCCUGAUGUUGAGCUGGAGCAUGAGGAGAGGCAGAUAAAGCUGCGUUCACUCAAGAACAGACAGAACCUCUUCAAACAAGAAGGCAUGUUAACCCUUGUCUCCAACUGCAUUGACCGGCUAAAUGUCUACAACAGUGCGGCCCAUUUUGGGGAGUGUGCUGGGUCAGAGGCCGGAGCUGCCUGGAAAGACAUUCUCAACUUGCUUUAUGAGCUUCUGGCGGCAUUGAUCAGAGGAAACCGGAACAACUGUACCCAGUUCUCAAACAAUUUAGACUGGCUUGUGAGCAAGCUGGAAAGACUGGAGUCUUCUUCAGGCAUCUUGGAAGUUCUGCACUGCAUCCUAAUUGAGAGCCCCGAGGCACUCAAUAUCAUUCAGAAAGGACACAUUAAGUCUAUUAUAUCACUGCUUUACAAGCAUGGACGCAACCACAAGAUUUUGGAUGUGCUUUGUUCGCUGUGUGUGUGCAAUGGAGUAGCUGUUCGGACCAAUCAGAACCUCAUUUGUGAUUACUUGCUGCCCAAAAGAGAUCUGCUAUUGCAAACCCAACUGGUCAAUGAUGUCCAGAGCAUGAGACCAAACAUCUUCUUGGGGGUCAGUGAGGGAUCUGCUCAGUACAAGAAGUGGUACUAUGAACUGAUGAUUGAUCAGGUGGACCACUUUGUGACCAGUGAGCCCUCUCACCUGAGAGUGGGCUGGGCCAACACCAAAGGUUACGCACCCUAUCCUGGAGGAGGGGAGGGCUGGGGGGGCAACGGAGUUGGUGACGACCUCUACUCAUUUGGCUUUGAUGGGCUCCAUCUUUGGUCAGGCCGCAUCCCGCGGGCUGUCGCGUCUCUGAACCAGCAUAUCCUGACUUCGGAAGAUGUGGUGAGCUGUUGUCUGGACCUGGGAGCUCCCAGCAUCUCCUUCAGGAUAAACGGACAGCCGGUCCAGGGCAUGUUUGAAAAUUUUAACACAGACGGACUCUUUUUUCCCGUCGUCAGCUCCUCUGCAGGGGUCAAGGUUCGCUUCCUGUUGGGUGGCCGACAUGGUGACUUUAAGUUCCUGCCACCGUCAAGCUAUGCUCCAUGUUAUGAGGCUUUGUUGCCAAAAGAGAAGAUGAAGGUGGAGCCAGUGAAAGAGUACAAAAGAGAUGUGGAGGGAGUCCGGGAUCUGCUUGGGACCACCCAGUUCACCUCACAGGCCUCCUUCAUUCCCACUCCUGUAGAGACCAGCCAGGUUGUCAUGCCGCCUCACUUGGAGAAAGUUCGAGACAAGCUGGCUGAAAACAUACACGAACUGUGGGGUAUGAAUAAGAUUGAAUUGGGAUGGACUUAUGGCAAGAGGAUAAGAGAUGAUAACAAACGACAGCAUCCUUGCCUUGUUGAUUUCUCCAAGCUGCCAGAAACAGAGAAGAACUACAACCUGCAGAUGUCAACAGAAACACUGAAGACCCUGCUAGCACUAGGUUGCCGUAUUGUCCAAGUGAAUCCAAAUGCAGAGGACUCUCUCAAAAAAAUUAAAUUACCCAAGAACUACAUGAUGUCCAAUAGCUAUAAACCAUUCCCUCUGGACCUGUCUGACAUCAAACUGACACCAGGCCAGGAGCUGCUGGUGGACAAACUAGCAGAGAAUGCACACAAUGUUUGGGCCAAAGACCGCAUCAAGCAGGGAUGGACUUACGGCAUUCAGCAGGAUUUGAAGAGCAAGCGUAACCCUCGUCUGGUUCCCUACGUGCUGCUGGAUGAGCGGACCAAGAAGUCAAACAGGGACAGCCUGCGAGAGGCUAUCCGCACCAUGAUUGGCUAUGGAUACAACAUAGAGCCUUCAGACCAGGAAGGAGGCCAAGUGGCUGAACGGGUCAGCGUCGAUAAGGUCCGCUUCUUCAGAGUCGAAAGGACAUAUGGGGUGAAGACUGGAAAGUGGUACUUUGAAUUUGAGGCUGUCACUGGAGGAGACAUGAGAGUGGGCUGGGCCAGGCCUGGGUGCAAACCUGAUGUGGAACUUGGAACGGAUAAACUUGCUUUCGUCUUUGAUGGAUACAGGGGCCACUGUCUGAACAUCGGUAGCAGAUUAUUUGGGCGCUGCUGGCAUGCUGGGGAUGUAGUCGGCUGUAUGAUCAACAUGGAGGACAAGUCUAUGAUUUUUACCCUUAAUGGAGAGAUCCUGAUUACAACCAAAGGUUCUGAACUCUGUUUCACUGACUUUGAAACUGAGGAUGGAUUUAUUCCAGUGUGUAGUCUCGGUCUUGCUCAGGUGGGGCGCAUGAAUCUGGGUAAAGACGCUAGCACUUUCAAAUACUACACCACAUGUGGCCUGCAAGAGGGAUUCGAACCAUUUGCAGUCAACAUGAACCGGGAGGUCACAAUGUGGUUCAGCAAGCGUCUGCCUACUUUUGUCAACGUGCCAAAGGACCACAACCACAUUGCAGUAACCAGAAUUGACGGCACCAUUGACAGUCCGCCAUGUCUGAAGGUCACCCACAAGACGUUUGGCACCCAGAACAGUAAUGCUGACAUGGUGUUCUGUCGUCUCAGCAUGCCAGUAGAGUUCCACUCUUUCUUCAAGCAGAGCCCCAUAGUUGACAUAAACGGCGUACAUGAAGAGGAUUUGCUCAAGGUUAAACACAGAUAUCCAUUGAGAUGUGUUCGACACAGUGAGGAAAGUAGACGAGUGGACUACAGCAGCAUCACCACGUACUACCACUCGGUGAGGAUCUUUGCAGGUCAGGACCCCUCCAGUGUGUGGGUUGGAUGGGUUACCCCCGACUACCAUUACUAUAGCAACAACUUCAACCUCAGCAAGAACAGAACUGUCACUGUAACCCUGGGUGAUGAACGUGGACGAGUUCAUGAAAGUGUGAAAAGGAGCAACUGCUACAUGGUGUGGGGGGGUGACAUGAUCAGUGGUGCACACGCCUCCAGCCGCAGCAACGUUGAUCUGGACAUUGGCUGCUUAAUAGAUCUGUCCACUGGCAUGGUUACUUUCACUGUCAAUGGAAAGGAGUUAUCGACAUCUUACCAGGUGGAACCAAACACAAAGCUCUUUCCUGCCGUGUUUGUCCGACCCACCAGCCCAAACCUCUUUCAGUUUGAGCUGGCUAAGAUAAAGAACGCAAUGCCACUAUCAUCAGCCAUCUUUAAGAGCGAACACAAGAACCCGGUGCCUCAGUGUCCACCCCGACUGGAUGUCCAGACAAUCAAUGCAGUGCUGUGGAGCCGCAUGCCCAACAUCUUCCUCAAAGUGGAAACAGCCAGAGUGAACGAGAGGCACGGCUGGGUGGUUCAGUGUGUGGAGCCUCUGCAGAUGCUGGCAGUUCACAUUCCUGAGGAAAACAGGUGUGUCGACAUUAUGGAGCUGUCAGAGCAGGAGGACAUGAGGAAGUUCCACUAUCACACGUUGAAGCUCUACUGUGCCCUGUGCGCGCUGGGAAACACCCGCGUUGCCCACGCCCUCUGCAGCCACCUGGACCAGUCGCAGCUCUUAUACACCAUAGAUAAUCAGUACCUCUCUGGCAUGUUACGGGAGGGAUUCUACAAUGUUCUGAUCAGCAUCCACUUAGAAACCGCCAAGGAGGCCAGACUCAUGAUGAAAGAUGAGUUCAUCAUUCCAGUCACAGCUGAGACUCGCUCAAUUCGUCUCUUUUCCAGCGCCUCUAAAAAGCACAGCCCGCCAGGGGUGGGACUUAGCACCUCCCUAAAACCCCGCCUCAACUUUACCCCGCCAUGCUUCAUCAGCACCAAGAGGGAUUAUCUAUACAGUCCGCAGAUCCCACUGGAUGCACUUAAGGAAAAAGCUAUUUCAAUGCUGACAGAAGCUGUUCAAGGCGGUGGGCACCACAUUCGAGAUCCUGUUGGAGGAGGCAUAGAGUAUCAGUUUGUCCCAAUCCUGAAGCUCAUUAGCACCUUGCUGACUAUGGGGGUUUUAGGUAGCGAGGACGUUCAAAAGAUUUUACUGCUCAUAGACCCAAACGUGUUCAGAGAUACUCGUGAGGAAGGGGUCCCAGGGCCCACGGACAAAGAGGGACUCACUGGUACUGAGGGCAAGGCAGUUGAAGCGGGAGAGGAGGAGGCCGCAGAGGAGGCCAAACAGCCAAUGAAAGGACUGCUGGAGAAGAGGCUGCCGGAGCCCGUCAAACGACUGAUGUGUGAGCUGCUUCAUUAUUUCUGCGACUGCGAGCUGAAGCACCGUAUUGAGGCCAUUGUGUCCUUUUCAGACAGCUUUGUCUCCAAACUGCAGUACAACCAGAAGUUCCGCUACAAUGAGCUCAUGCUGGCCCUCAAUAUGUCGGCAGCCGUUACAGCGAAGAAGACCAAAGAGUUCAGAUCUCCUCCUCAGGAGCAGAUCAACAUGCUGCUGACUUUCAGUAUGGGAGAUGACUGUCCGUGUCCUUCAGAAAUACAGGAGGAGCUGUACGACUUCCACAACCAGCUGCAGCUCCACUGUGGAAUCCCAAUGGAGGAAGACGAAGACGAACGGGAUACAUCUAUUAAAGGUCGCCUCCUUAUGCUGGUGAACAAGAUUAAGAGUCAGUCCUAUAAAGCUCAAGAACCAACAGAGAAGAAACAAGCUGCACCAUCUAAUCUGAAGGAGCUCAUCUCUCAGACGAUGGUCAGCUGGGCCCAGGAGUGUCACAUCCAAGACCCCAAACUCGUUCGCAAGAUGUUUAGCCUUCUGAGGAGGCAGUAUGACAGCAUUGGGGAGCUUCUCCGGGCAAUGAGGAAGACCUACACCAUCAGUGCUGCCUCGGUUCAGGACACCAUCCACCUCCUUGCCUCCCUCGGUCAAAUCAGGUCUCUGCUGUCUGUCCGCAUGGGGAAAGAGGAGGAGAAGCUCAUGAUUGAUGGACUCAGUGAUAUCAUGAACAACAAGGUGUUUUACCAGCACCCAAACCUGAUGAGAAUACUGGGCAUGCACGAGACCGUAAUGGAGGUCAUGGUGAAUGUGCUGGGAGGAGACAAGUCUCAGGAAAUUGCUUUUCCUAAAAUGGUAGCCAGUUGCUGUCGCUUCCUGUGCUACUUUUGUCGGAUCAGCCGACAGAACCAGAAGGCCAUGUUUGACCACCUCAGCUACCUGCUAGAGAACAGUAGUGUGGGUCUUGCUUCACCAGCGAUGAGAGGAUCUACGCCUCUAGAUGUAGCUGCAUCUUCUGUGAUGGAUAACAACGGCUUAGCUCUAGCACUGGAGGAACCUGAUCUGGACAAGGUGGUUACAUACCUGGCUGGAUGUGGUCUACAGAGCUGUCCCAUGCUUCUGGCUAAAGGGUACCCAGACAUUGGCUGGAACCCCAUAGAAGGAGAGCGUUAUCUCUCCUUCUUGCGUUUUGCGGUCUUCGUCAACGGAGAGAGCGUGGAGGAGAACUCGAGCGUUGUGGUGAAGCUGCUCAUCCGACGUCCAGAGUGUUUUGGCCCUGCACUGAGAGGAGAGGGAGGGAACGGCCUACUGGCUGCGAUGAAGGAGGCUAUUAAGAUCUCUGAGACUCCUGCUUUGGACCUGCCAGGCUCUGUGCAUCGAGUCAGCUCUGAUUUGUCAGCUGAUGGCGAUGAUGAAGAGGAGGUGGUCCACAUGGGCAAUGCCAUCAUGUCAUUCUACUCUGCCCUCAUUGACCUGUUGGGACGCUGUGCCCCUGAGAUGCAUCUCAUCAACAAAGGAAAAGGUGAAGCUCUGCGCAUUCGAGCAAUAUUACGUUCCCUAGUGCCCACCGAAGACCUUGUAGGAAUUAUCAGCAUUCCCCUCAAAACGCCCAUUCUCAACAAAGACGGAUCAAUGACUGAGCCUGACAUGUCAGCUAGCUUCUGUCCAGACCACAAAGCCCCGAUGGUGCUGUUUUUAGACAGGGUGUAUGGUAUUGAAGACCAAAGCUUUCUGCUACACCUGCUCGAAGUCGGCUUCCUCCCCGACCUGAGGACGGCUACCACUCUGGAUACGGAGGGACUCUGUACCACUGAGACCGCCCUGGCUAUGAAUCGCUACAUCGGCUCAGCCAUGCUGCCUCUCCUUACCCGGUGUGCGCCUCUCUUUGCUGGCACAGAGCACUAUGCCACUCUUAUCGACUCCACACUGCACACUAUCUACCGGCUAUCCAAGGGCCGCUCACUGACCAAGGCACAGAGGGACGCCAUUGAAGAGUGUUUACUGUCUAUUUGCAAACACCUCCGCCCCUCCAUGCUCCAACAGCUCCUGCACCGUCUCGUCUUUGACGUGCCCUUGCUGACUGAAUACUGCAAGAUGCCUCUAAGGCUUCUAACCAACCACUAUGAGCAGAACUGGAAGUACUACUGCCUCCCCUCAGGAUGGGGCAGCUUCGGCACAGCAUCUGAAGAUGAACUUCUGCUCACCAAGAGGAUCUUCUGGGGGGUGUUUGAUUCUCUUUCCCAGAGGAAGUACGACCCAGAGUUAUUCAAGAUGGCCAUGCCUUGUCUCAGUGCUAUAGCUGGAGCUUUGCCACCAGACUAUGUGGAUGCCUCCAUUAGCACUGCCGUUGAAAAGCCUGUUUCUGUGGAUGCUCAGGGAAACUUUGACCCCAAACCCAUCAAUACUGCUAACAUUGUGUUACCAGAAAAACUUGAACAUUUGACCAACAAAUAUGCUGAGCAUUGCCAUGAGAAAUGGUCUGCAGAGAAGGUGCUGCUGGGGUGGAAAUAUGGGGACUGUGUGGAUGAGAAAGCUAAAACUCACCCUCAGUUAAGGAUCUACAAAGCCCUGACAGAAAAGGAGAAGGAGAUUUACAGAUUGCCCAUUAGGGACUCGCUUAAAAGCAUGCUGGCCAUGGGCUGGAGCAUCGACAGGACAAAGGAUGGAGAGAGCAUGUGUCUGCAGAGGGAAAAUGAGAAAAUGAGGAAAAUAUCUCAAGCUUCUCAGGCUAAUGGCUUUAAUCCCAGCCCAAUAGACACAAGUAAUGUGACUUUGUCCAGAGAACUGCAGGGGAUGGUGGAAGUAAUGGCUGAGAAUUACCAUAACAUCUGGGCCAAGAAGAAGAAAAGUGACCUUGGAAGCAGAGGCGGAGGAACUCAUCCUCUCCUGGUGCCCUAUGACACGCUGACAGCCAAGGAAAAGGCCCGUGAUCGAGAAAAGGCCAUGGACCUUUUUCGCUUCCUGCAAAUUAAUGGCUAUAGCAUUACAAGAGGUUUGAAGGACUUGGAGCAGGAUUCCUCUUCCAUGGAAAAAAGGUUUGCCUAUAAAUUCCUCAAGAAGCUGCUGAAGUAUGUCGAUUCAGCCCAGGACUUUAUCGCCCACUUAGAGGCAAUGGCAGCCAGUGGGAAAACAGACAGGUCCCCUCAUGAACAAGAAAUCAAGUUUUUUGCCAAAGUUCUCCUCCCACUCAUCGAUCAAUACUUCAAGAACCACUCUUUGUAUUUCCUCUCCUCUCCCAACAAGAACCUAAGCAGCAGUGGUUACGCCUCCAACAAAGAGAAGGAAAUGGUCACCAGCCUAUUUUGUAAACUGGCAGCUCUUGUCAGACAUAGGAUUUCUCUUUUUGGGAGUGAUUCCACCACCAUGGUCAGCUGUCUGCACAUCCUGGCACACACACUCGACACCAGGACAGUGAUGAAGUCGGGCUCGGAGCAGGUCAGGGUGGGGCUCAGGACGUUCUUUGAGAACGCUGCGGAGGACUUAGAGAAGACCUUUGAGAACCUGAAGCUGGGGAAGUUCACUCACUCUCGCUCCCAGAUGAAAGGCGUGUCGCAGAAUAUCAACUACACAACUGUGGCUUUGCUUCCCAUCCUAACUGCUCUGUUUGAGCACAUCACUCAACACCACUUUGGAGUAGAUCUGCUUUUGGAUAAUGUGCAGGUGUCCUGCUAUCGAAUCCUGACCAGCCUCUUUGCUCUUGGCACUGGAAAAAACAUCUAUGUGGAAAGGCAGCUGCCAGCUCUCGGUCAGUGUCUGGCCACUCUUGCUGGCGCCAUGCCUGUAGCCUUCCUGGAGCCAAAGCUCAACACUCACAACCCCUGCUCCGUUUUUAAUACCAAGAGUGCCAGAGAUCGAGCAGUGCUGGGAAUACGAGAAUCAGUCGAGGAGAUGUGUCCUGGGAUGCCGCGGCUUGACGGGCUCAUGAAAGACAUCAAUGACAUGGCUGAGUCUGGAGCGCGCUACACCGAAAUGCCCCAUGUGAUCGAGGUGGUGCUGCCCAUGCUGUGCAACUACUUGUCCUACUGGUGGGAGAGGGGCCCUGAAAACCAGGCUGCCAGUGGUGGAAGCACUUACUGCACUACUGUCACCUCGGAGCACCUCAGCCUCAUCCUCGGCAACAUCCUCAAGAUCCUCAACAACAAUCUCGGCAUCGACGAGGCCUCCUGGAUGAAGAGAAUUGCAGUUUAUGUGCAACCCAUCAUUAGUAAGGCUCGCGCAGACCUGCUCAAGAGCCACUUCUUGCCCACCCUGGAGAAACUAAAGAAGAAGACAGUAAAAGUGGUGGCUGAAGAGGAGCUUCUCAAGGCCGAUAGUAAAGGAGACACCCAGGAGGCCGAGCUGCUCAUUUUGGAUGAGUUUGCUGUGCUCUGCAGGGAUCUUUAUGCAUUUUACCCCAUGCUCAUCCGCUAUGUGGACAACAACAGAUCUAGGUGGCUGAAAGAACCAGAUUCAGACUCCAAUGAGCUCUUCAGAAUGGUUGCAGAGAUUUUCAUCCUCUGGUGCAAGUCUCAUAACUUUAAAAGAGAAGAGCAAAACUUUGUGGUUCAAAAUGAAAUCAACAAUCUUUCUUUCUUGACCGGAGACAAUAAAACAAAGAUGUCAAAGUCCUUUAAGGAAAAGUCUGGAGGACAAGACCAGGAGAGAAAACAUAAGAAGAGGCGCGGCGAGUUUUACUCCAUUCAGACAUCAUUAAUUGUGGCCGCUCUGAAGAAGAUGCUGCCAAUCGGCCUCAACAUGUGCACCCCUGGGGAUCAGGAGCUGAUUUCUCUUGCCAAGACCCGCUACCUCAUGAAAGAUACAGAUGAAGAGGUUAAAGACCACAUACAUCAAAAUUUGCACCUUCGAGAAAAGUCUGAGGACCCUGCUGUGCGGUGGCAGCUGAACCUGUAUAAGGACAUCGUGAUGAGGAUUGAAAGCCCACCUGACCCUGAACGAGUGGUUGAUCGUAUCCAAAGGAUCUCUGCUGCCAUCUUUAAUCUGGAACAGGUGGAGCAGCCACUGAGAUCCAAGAAGUGCGUGUGGCAGAAGUUGCUCUCCAAACAGCGAAAGCGUGCAGUUGUUGCCUGCUUCCGAAUGGCCCCCCUUUAUAAUCUACCAAGGCAUCGCUCUAUUAACCUCUUCCUUCUGGCAUAUCAAAGUAUAUGGAUAGAAACAGAGGAGUACUCUUUUGAGGAGAAGCUGGUGCAGGACCUCGCAAAAACACAGCCUAAAGUGGAAGAAGAGGAAGAGGAGGAGGUCCGAAAGCAACCAGACCCUUUACACCAGCUCAUCCUUCAUUUUAGCCACAAUGCUCUGACUGAAUGCAGUUCGUUGGAAGAGGAUCCCUUGUAUAUUGCAUAUGCAGAUAUGAUGGCAAAGAGUUGUGCUGAAGGCGAAGAAGAAGAAGAAGAGGGAAAAGAGAAAACAUUUGAGGAAAAGGAAACGGAGAAACAGAAGAUGCUGUAUCAGCAAGCCCGACUGCACGACCGAGGUGCAGCAGAAAUGGUUCUUCAAAUGAUUAGUGCCAGCAAAGGUCGACUUGGUGCCACGGUGACUUUCACCCUCAAACUGGGCAUCUCCGUUCUCAACGGUGGAAACAUCCUGGUCCAGCAGAAAAUGCUGGAUUAUCUCAAGGAGAAAAGAGACGUGGGGUUUUUCAAAAGUCUGUCUGGAUUGAUGAUGUCAUGCAGUGUUCUGGAUUUGAAUGCCUUUGAAAGGCAAAACAAAGCCGAAGGCCUGGGGAUGGUUACUGAAGAGGGAUCAAUCAACGUGAGUGAGCGGGGUUCCAAGGUUCUGCAAAAUGAUGAGUUCACUAAGGAUCUCUUUAGGUUUCUGCAACUUCUCUGUGAGGGUCAUAACAAUGAUUUUCAAAAUUUCCUGAGGACCCAAACGGGGAAUACCACCACAGUCAAUAUCAUCAUCAGCACAGUUGACUACCUGCUUAGACUCCAGGAAUCCAUCAGUGAUUUCUACUGGUAUUAUUCUGGUAAGGAUGUCAUUGAUGAAGCUGGCCAGAGGAACUUUUCUAAAGCACUGUCAGUUGCCAAACAGGUCUUCAACUCUUUGACAGAGUAUAUACAGGGUCCAUGCAUCGGUAAUCAGCAGAGUCUGGCUCACAGCAGGCUGUGGGAUGCAGUUGUGGGCUUCUUGCAUGUCUUUGCCAACAUGCAGAUGAAAUUAUCCCAGGACUCCAGUCAGAUUGAAUUACUGAAGGAGCUCCUGGACCUGCAGCAGGACAUGAUUGUCAUGAUGCUUUCUCUUCUAGAAGGUAACGUUGUGAAUGGAACUAUUGGCAAACAGAUGGUUGACACCUUGGUGGAGUCUUCAAGUAACUUGGAGAUGAUUCUGAAAUUUUUUGACAUGUUCCUCAAGCUGAAGGACUUGACGACAUCAGACAGUUUUAAGGAAUACGACUCAGAGAGUAAAGGCGUCAUUUCUAAGAAGGACUUUCAAAAGUCCAUGGAGAACCAGAAGCAGUACUCUCAGUCUGAAAUUGAGUUUCUUCUCUCCUGCGCUGAGGCUGAUGAAAACGACAUGUUUAGUUACAAACAAUUUGUGGAGAGAUUUCAUGAACCAGCAAAGGACAUUGGCUUCAAUGUGGCCGUGUUGCUCACCAACCUCUCGGAGCAUAUGCCCCAUGAUGCUCGUCUCUCUACUUUCCUUAACCUGGCUGAAAGCGUCCUGAGCUACUUUGAGCCUUUCUUGGGUCGUAUUGAGAUCAUGGGUGGAGCCAAACGCAUCGAGAGGGUCUACUUUGAGAUCAGUGAGUCAAGUCGCACGCAGUGGGAAAAGCCUCAGGUGAAAGAGUCGAAGCGGCAGUUCAUUUUCGAUGUGGUCAAUGAGGGCGGGGAGAGUGAGAAGAUGGAGCUGUUUGUCAACUUCUGUGAGGACACCAUCUUUGAGAUGCAGCUGGCUUCUCAGAUCUCAGAGCCGGAUCCUGUUGAGCGUUCUGACGAGGAUGAGGACGAGAGCCAAAAUGUAGUGGAGAAUCAGGACGAGGAAGAAGAGGAGAACGUCAUGAUGGAGUCUUCCUCAGCUUUCACAAUCGCCUGCAUCUCAAUGAGAAAGAACCUGUGUCACUUCCGACAACUGCUCACUCUGAAGAGCAUGAGGCGGCAGUAUCGGCGAUUCAGGAAGAUGAGUGUGAGGGAGAUGGUGAAGGGCUUCUUCUCUUUUUUCUGGAUGAUCAUCACUGGUCUUUUCCACUUUAUCUACAGCCUGGUUUGGGGUUUCUUCCACAUCUUGUGGACCACUAUGUUUGGGGGUGGCCUGGUCGAAGGGGCUAAGAAUAUGAAGGUGACGGAUAUCUUGGGAAACAUGCCUGACCCCACUCAGUUUGGGAUUCAUGGAGAUGUCCUGGAAACAGAAAAAAUGGAGGCCAACGAUGCUUCAGCUUUGGAGGAGAUGGGUCAGAUGGUUCAGGGCGAUGCAGCGGAGACUGACCUGAUGGCGGAGCUGCUCAACAUACCGCCAAAGAGGGAGGGCAAGCAUGGCAGUGAGCCAGGUUUGGGGGACGUAUCGGAGGUGGUGGUGGGAGAUGCUCCAUCAAUAGCCAGCGCCGUCAAGCAGAAGAAGGCACAGAUGGCUGCAAAGAAGAAGGCUUCAAAUGGAGACUACAGAUCAGACUCAGAGAAGGGAGAUUCAGAGGAUGGUGAGAAAAAGGACCAUGACAAGACCAAGGACGAAGCUCCACCACAGCAUUCGAUAGAGGAGAGAAGAGCCCCAAAGAAGAGGCUCGGCCUGAGGAAAGAACCACCAGAGGCCUUUAUGGCCAGCUUUCUGGCUGGCUUAGAAAUCUACCAGACUAAGAUGCUGAACUACCUGGCUAGAAAUUUCUACAACUUGCGCUUCUUGGCACUUUUUGUUGCCUUUGCAAUCAACUUCAUACUUCUCUUCUACAAGGUGACCGGUGAUUACUCAGAAGAUGAAGACCCCUGGAGCCGGAGAGGCAAAGGAGAGGAGGAGGAUGAAGGAGCACUCGAGUACUUUGUCCUGCAGGAAAGCACUGGUUACAUGGCACCAACACUUUGUUGUCUGGCAGUACUACAUACCAUCAUAUCUUUCCUGUGUGUGGUGGGAUAUUACUAUUUGAAGGUGCCUCUGGUUGUGUUCAAACGAGAAAAGGAAAUAGCUAGGAAGCUGGAGUUUGCAGGCCUCUAUAUUACCGAGCAGCCGUCUGACGACGACAUUAAAGGACAGUGGGACAGGCUGGUCAUCAACACCCCCUCCUUUCCCAACAACUACUGGGAUAAAUUUGUCAAACGCAAAGUGAUUAAAAAGUAUGGAGACCUGUACGGAGCAGAGAGGAUAGCAGAACUGCUGGGGUUGGACAAGAGUGCUCUGGAUUUCAACCCCACAGAGGAGACGGUUGCCAAGGAGGCAUCACUAGUGUCAUGGCUGAGCUCAAUUGAUACAAAAUACCAGGUCUGGAAAAUGGGAGUGGUGUUUACGGACAACUCAUUCCUGUAUCUAGUUUGGUACACAACCAUGUCCAUUCUGGGGCACUACAACAACUUUUUUUUCGCUGCCCAUCUGCUGGACAUCGCCAUGGGUUUCAAGACCCUCCGCACAAUCCUGUCCUCCGUCACUCAUAAUGGCAAACAGCUUGUGUUGACAGUCGGCUUGCUGGCAGUCGUGGUCUAUCUCUACACUGUGGUGGCAUUUAACUUCUUCAGGAAGUUCUACAACAAGAGCGCGGAUGACGAUGAGCCAGACAUGAAGUGUGAUGAUAUGAUGACGUGCUACCUGUUCCACAUGUACGUUGGGGUGAGAGCAGGAGGCGGCAUCGGGGACGAAAUCGAGGACCCGGCGGGCGACCCGUAUGAACUCUACCGCAUCCUUUUUGACAUUACGUUCUUCUUCUUUGUCAUUGUUAUCCUGCUGGCUAUCAUUCAAGGUUUGAUCAUUGACGCCUUUGGAGAGCUGAGAGAUCAGCAGGAACAAGUCAAAGAAGACAUGGAGACCAAAUGUUUCAUUUGCGGCAUUGGUAAUGACUACUUUGACACAACGCCUCAUGGCUUCGAGACUCACACCCUGCAAGAGCACAAUUUGGCCAACUACCUGUUUUUCUUGAUGUACCUCAUCAAUAAGGAUGAAACGGAGCACACUGGCCAGGAGUCCUAUGUGUGGAAGAUGUAUCAGGAGCGCUGCUGGGAUUUCUUCCCAGCUGGAGAUUGCUUCCGGAAGCAGUACGAAGACCAGCUGGGAUAGAGAAGAUGCAUUUUCCUUUUCUCUAUUCAGACAGAUUUAACACACACACACACACACACACACAGUCAACCCAGCAUUGCUUUGGAAAUGGUUGGCAAGAAGCUUAAAGAAAUGUUUUUAUUAAAAACAAGAGAUGAGUGGAGGUCAUGUUGAUCGCCACUGUUGGUACAGGAAAAAAAAAAGGAUUCUGACUUACUCAGACUUAUUUGAUCUGUUUUAGAUUCGGGACUUGUUAUUGACGUGUGUUGCCUUUUCAACAACAUAACCCCAAGUUAUUGCACAAUUUUUUUUAUAUUUAUUUAUAGUGUUUUGGAAAAAUAGUGGGUAUGUGGGGUUAUCAGACAAUGUUUCAGUCAAUAUUAUGCACAAUGUAUGAAUGUCGAACCUGAGACUUAAUGCCAAAAGAAAAGCAGAGAAGUGUAGAAGAUAAUAUAUAGUGGGCAAAAAUGUGACUACAGAAAAGUUUUAUUCAGAUGUUGUAACAUUGCAUAUUAAAGUGACGUUUCUAGAGAGAAGUGGCAAAAGGUAAAAUAAAUGCCUAAAGUUCUUUAUGAAGUGCCUUACAGUACUGUAUCUACAUUACAAUGAAGCUAUGCAAAAUGUUUGUUUUUUUUGUUUUUUUUCCAUAUUGUAUGUAAUACAAUAGUCUUACUGGAGCGAUAAUCUGUUAACUGACCAGAUACAGUACGUAGUUUGUGGUUGAACGUGGAAGAAAAAAACGUUGGUAUUUCCUAUUUUGUUGCUGAAUGCAGCAUAACUUCAAAUGUUCGAGAUACAGUGUAAAAAUAACAAAUGGAAUAAACCGAUCACCCCUCAACGUCAACAAAAUAGAUAAAAUAAUGAACUGCUAUUGUAUGGCGAUUUGUAUGUAAUAGCUUUGCUGAUCUGUGCAUUUCUUUUGAUGGAAAAGAAAUAAAUUGUUGAAGAACUAA